AACUCGACAAUCUCUUUUGGGGUGUCAUCUUUUUUUGAAGCAAUGGAAGCCUCGUGCUCUUUGAUCUCCUUCUCCGCCUUCACUUCCUCCUUUGGAUCUCCUCUGCUCCAGAAAACCAAACUCCACCAUCGCAAGAGAUCAAGACUCGUCGGCUUCUCUCGCAAGAGGGAUGCCUACGACCGGGAUUCAGGCGGCCGGCUUGUCGACGAGAACAUGAUCGUGCUUCGAAAGAGGAUCCAUGAGAUGAAGGUGGCCGACAGGAACUACGAGGCUCCCUCCGAGUGGAUGAAUUGGGAGAAGCGAUGCUACGCAAGCUAUGGAUCAGACGUGUCGCAAUUGGUGGGGAUGGUGCAGGCUUUCUUGCUGAAUACUCGGCCUGGCUUGGCCUUUGGGCUGGCGGCGAUCAUCGCCGUGGCCGUGCCGACAUCGGCGGUGAUCGUCUUCCAUUUGUUGGAGGCGGCCAUGUCGCUUCUUGCACGCGGUGGUGCAGCAUAAGUGGUUGGAGGAGUUCUUCCUUCCCUUGUUGCAACUAGUUGGUGCUUUUUUAGUGAAAAAUGCCAAACUUUAUAAGUUGUUUAAUUUCACGGCAAGCAGUUAAUUAGAUCACUCUUUCAUUCCAAUUCUGGUGAAAAAUCUUAUGUGGAUGGAUGGAUGCUAGAUGCCUCACUAGCUCCAUAACAUCUUGCAUGUACAUAAUACCUGUCAAAAUCUAAUAAAUUUGAUCAUUAUAUUUGUUUUU